AUGCCAGGGCGAGGGCGAGGUCUGCAGGCGAAGGGGGGGAACCCUACUCUGCACGGGCUACAUCCAGAAGAAAAAUGUGGCCGGCAGAGGCAGGAAACGGGGCCGCAGAGUCUGGCCAGGACACAGCCAGCAAAGCGCGGGAGGGCAGCCCUGCCUUCAGCCUUCGCCUCUCUCCCCUUCUUCCCCCCAUUCCCCAGGAGCCUGCUUUUCUGCCUUCCCCCAGCCCCCCAGCCCAGCCCAUCCAGGCCUGCGGGGAUCUGCACCUCGCGAGCCGGGGAGCCCCCUCCUCCCCCAGCACUCUCCGCCACAUCCCCGCAGCCAAAUUCCAGAUCCCGGAGCCCUCUUCCCCCUGGGGGCGCAUUUUCCAGGCCCGGCUUCUCACCCCCUAAAGGUGCCCGACAGAAGGAAAGCUCGGAGAGACGCGAGCCGGCUCCAGCGUGA